AACUAUAAUCCAUGUAUGGUUAAAAGUGUAUAAAACUGCUACUCUCAUACUAUGUUUUAAUUCAUACUGCCCUAUAGUAAAGACAUUGGUUCUUUUUGAGGUUGUCCCGGUCUUCCACCUCGCUGUGUGUCAGAAAUGAGCGCCUAUGUGAGUAAAUAGAAGCAACAUCUCGGCAGAUGUCGACGAAACAUCACCAAAGCUUUAAUAGCCGAGUGAUGCCUAACCAAAGCUCUUUUGAGAUCUCCUGUUUUCACAGAAUCCUGUGGUUUCAUUCCAUGCCUCACUCGAGUCGUCGGCCCACUCAGUACUUUUGGGGACCCACAUCCUCUCACUCGAAGACCACCGUGCGAACACCUCAGACAAUCUUACUGCGCUGUCACCCGUUUCAACCCAUUCUGUCCAAGCCAAACACUUAAUGUGUGGCGCACUUGUGCUCAGAUCUUUUUUUUAUUUAUUUACGUUAUUGCAACCAGUUCAAAAGCAUUUUUUUCCCUUUAGUGUGAUAAUGUAUAAUUUAUUAAUUCUUCAUGUUGAUGUCUCAACUACAUUUUUCAUCCUUAAGUCUUACUGUGUUUUUUGGUGUUGUAGGUCUUCACUGAAGCUGGGUUAGUAGGACUCCACUGAGCUGGAGGUUACACACCUGAGACCACACCACUGCAAGCUGCUGCUAUGUCACAGCACAACUUCUGUGUGUGUGUGUGUGUUCUUGUAUUUCUACCCUUCUUGAGACAUCAACAAGGAAAAGUAGCUUCCAGAUGAGGACCGGUGAACAAGUUAGGAGUGAAAUCAUGGUCCCAAUAUGGAAAACCAUUGCAUCUAAUAGGGAAUGUCUCAUUUGCACCCCUGCUGGUGAAAUGAGAGUGGUCCCAAACAGGAGGGAUUUUUCUAAUUGACUAUGGGUCGGUUUUAAAAGUGCUCCCCUUCUGGUCAACAUAUGAAAUAAUAAGUGUGUGUAAACAUUUGAAGUGUUCCCCCUCUGGCCAACAUAUGUAAUAACAAGUGUGUGUAAGAAAUUGAAAUGUGCCCCCUUUGGCCAAAAUUAAUACAAAUAAAUAAAUAUAUCUAUAGAGACAUACAAUAAUAACUUGAAGUAAAUCAUGAAGAUUAAAAAACCAUUCCAAACAAAAAAAAUUAAAACAUUUUUUACUAAAAGCUUAACUUUUUUAUAUUUGCAUAGUAUGUAUAUAUUAUUAAUGUUAUAGAUAACAAUAUUUAUAUAUCUAGAAAGGUUGGUCCUAAAGAGGGAGGCAUUUUUCGGAGGUCUCAGGAAGGUAACAAAUACAAGAAUGUGUGAGCGUGUGUGUGUGUGUGUGUGUGUGUAUUACUGUGGCUUUCUUUUUUAGCUUUGUGAUGUUUCACUCCUUCAGCCUUUUUCUCUCUGUUGAAUUAUUUCUAUUUUCUGUGAAUAAUUUGCCAGUCUGAGGACACAUUAGGUACACUAGCACGGUAUGAACUUUUUAAAAAAAAAUAUCCUAAGAGGAUCCUCUGCAGUGGACAUUUUUUUUGUCUUGUUUUAAUUUCUAUCUUAGACUUAGACAAACGUUAUUAAUCUCCAAGGAAAAUUAUUCCAACUGUUUGAACAAUUUCCCUUGUGGAUUAAUAACGUUUGUCUAAGUCUUAUCAGUUCCAUUUGUUUUUUUGCUGACACUUGUUUUCUUCUAAUAAGCAAGCAAGCAAUCAUAUAAACACUGUUAACUAAAACGGUUUUCAAAUGAACUUAAUGCGCAAAUGUUGCUUUCUUUCGCAGCCCUUUCUGAUAGGUGGUGUGUGUGUGUGUCACAGCAGAGUGUUACCAUGACGACUUAAGGCCCCGGCACGUUGGACCCUCCCAUCAUCUCAAGAGUGAUAGGCAGCUGGAAAACAAAUGAUCAGCCGCUGCUCCUCAAAACUCCACUCAAGAGCCACCGAGAUGCCAACCCUCGCACCUGAAGCCACCCUGCUGGCUUGGAGCUUUCUGGUGGCAUCACUCUGGACAUCAGGUUCAACACAGGUCCUGCAAGACAGCAAUUCCAAAAGGGUGUACCCACAGCUGCUCAGUGCCCAGGCCAUCGACUGUGACUGCGCCAACAUGUCCUGCAGCACCGCCCAGUGGUUCCGCACUGUUUUCAGCUCUAACCAAGUCCAAUACCUGGGCAGGAUCAACAGCGCCGAGCGUCUUUUUCACGGGGACAACGUGGACCCGGGAAAGUUCAAACUCAGCAGAAAGAGGAGCGACGAAGCCUUCACGCUGCACGUGGUCAACGUGUCCCAAGACGACGCGGGAACUUAUUCCUGUGUUUCCACUAACAAGAGAAACCAGGAAAUGUGGCACGCUGGUGUUCUUCUUCUCCCAGGAGUGAGCCCUCCAACUGUACCACCUGCCAGUACACCUGUGACUCCUGACUGUAGCUGCACCUUGCAAGAUGUUUGUGACUCGCUGAUCCUGUGGUCGCUAGCUGGACUCACCAGCGUGUUGAUGCUAACGCUGGUCUUCACUCUCUACUAUUUCAGCCGACUGCCCAGAAAAUGUCGACACCACUUUGUGAAGAGGAGGUAGAAGACAUGUGCCAUAUUACUGUAUGUAUUAUUUAUAAAUCUUCAUGCAUCUGUGCAGACUUUUCUCCACACAAUUAUUUUGUUGGACAAAGAUUUAUAGAAAGGGACGCUCACUUCAAAUAUAACAACAUGUUUUGUUGAACUGCUUUACUUUUUAAUACUGUGUGACUUUUCCUGCUUGUCUCGUCAGUAAGAUGUCUGAUUGUCCUGUGACGACAUCUGUUGCAAUGCAUUCUGGGACAGCAUUACAGUGUUCAACAUGCAUGAAUUACUGUAAAUAUUGUAAUAGACGUGAAGCUAAAACUAUUCAUAUCAUGCAGAAGUUCGUUGAUGCCAGCAUUUCAACUUCAAAUGUGAAAAUAUUAAC